UGUCGCCCAUACUUCCAGCUGGCAUUCGUUUCCAAACAGAUCCGCCACGAAAGCAUACAUUUGAUUAAGGCACUCCAUCGCCAACACUGCACUCACUGGGCCUUUACCAUGCGCAUGCCAGCGGUCCUUCCCGUCCUCCCGCCAUCAGUUGGCGCCGACAUGCUCAUCAUGCCACUCUUUGCAAAUAUGGGAAAGGCCAUCCCACGGAAGGGCCAUCGCUGGAUCAGGCCUGGAGUGGCCUACUGUUUUCUCACCGCUCAUUUGCGGCCCAGAGCACCAGAUGCAGUGGUUGUCACGCUUCUGGAGCGAAACGAGCGAGUUCAGCCAGAUGUCCAAGUCCCAGGAGCAUUCGACGGGCUUCAACCCAACAUGCGCGAUAGGUUCACGUCCGGACUACUUGUGAAAGUGAGGAAGAUUGGCAGUCCGGAUGCAGCAAACGUGAGACUCGUAUUUGCAAAGGUAGUGUACGCGGUGCACAAUUACAUCAUCGAACGGGCGGAUGCAAGUUCUCCCUCUUGAACGGGGCUGGCGACAGAAAGGGAAGGGCCUGUCUACAGACGAGCAGAAGGCCGACCAGC